GAUUUAAAUUUUCCACGUGUUUGUACUCAUUUUUUCCGUUGGAAUUUUUUUUGGAUCCGGAAUGGAGGAGAAACAGCCAUUGAUUUCCAGGAACUGGAGCAGCCACCCUCGACCAUCCAUCUACACCGGUAGAACGGGAAAUCUGCGAUCGGUGGAAGAAAUAGCACCCGUAUUCCAUCAUGUGUUCCACGAGUUUUCCACCUUCAAUGAGAUUCAAUCGAUGGUGAUGGACGACAUCCUUUAUACCGAUAAAUCGCUCGCCAUCAGCGCCCCAACGGGCUCUGGGAAAACCACCGUUUUCGAGCUAGCGAUGGUGCGUUUGUUAAUGCAGCUGGAGGAUGGCAAAUUUUCCGCCGACUUCAAGAUGGUUUAUAUAGCCCCGAUCAAAGCACUCUGCGCGGAGAAGUUGGUCGGGUGGAAGGGUAAAUUCGAACCGUUGGGAAUCAAGUGCGUCGAGGUGACCGGGGAUACGGAGUUUCGCGAUCUCCGGGACCUGACGGGGUCGAACCUGAUACUGACCACUCCGGAGAAAUGGAACUCGAUAACUAGAUGGUGGAGGGAAAAUGUGGAUUUUGUGCGAUCGAUUCGGCUGGUUAUGAUCGAUGAGGUUCACAUCUUGAAUGAUGCCUUAAGAGGGCCAACCAUGGAGGCGGUGAUUACGCGGAUGCGCAGCAUCCAUCGAUUUGUCGAUUCGGCGGUAGGGGAAAGAGUGGAGCCGAUGAGGAUAAUUGCAUUGUCGGCUACUGUCCCGAAUGUGGCAGAUUUGGCUGCCUGGGUUGGCGAUGGCCAAAUCACCUGCUACUACAAUAUAGAUGAAUCUCGUCGGCCUAUCAAAAUACAGAAACAUGUGUUGGGCUAUCAUUGUGAUCCGAACACAUCCUCCUACCGGUUCGAUAUAAAUCUUAAUUAUAAACUGUUCGAGAUAGUGAGCAAAUACUCGGGUGGAAGACCAACGUUGGUUUUUUGUAGCACACGUAAAGCCACCGAAACGGCUACUAAUCAUCUGGUGGAGCGUCAUCCUUUAAGACUAACGCAGGAACAGUGCAAUGUUUUACAGAGCAUCGUAGAACGAAUUCAAAACACUGAUCUGAAACGUUGUCUGCUGUCGGGCUAUGGGUAUCAUCACGCUGGAGUGAGCUUCGCUGACCGUAAACUGGUAGAGGAGUCUUUUCGAGCUGGGCGCAUUCCGUUGCUGUGCUGUACAAGUUCACUUGCGAUGGGGGUAAAUCUACCGGCACAUCUGGUGAUCAUCAAAUCGACACAGAUGUACACCGACUACGGCAUGGAGGAGUACUCAGAGAGUAGCAUCUUUCAGAUGAUAGGUCGCGCAGGUCGGCCCCAGUUCGACACUUCCGGGGUGGCUGUCAUCAUGACGCAAAGGGACAAUGUGCAAAAAUAUGAACGUCUCGCUACCGGAUCCGUGCCCAUCGAGUCGUUCCUACACGAGCAUCUGGCCGAGCACUUGAACUCGGAAAUUGUGCUGCGAACGAUUGUCGAUUUGGCUAGUGCGAUGGAUUGGAUCCGGUCCACAUUUUUCUACAAACGAGCACUCGCCGCUCCCGCCCACUAUGGCUUCUCGGAGGGACUGGACAGGACACAAAUCGAACGGAAUUUAGAAGAGUUUUGCCAAACCGAGCUCUGGGCUCUGGAGAAAUACGCCCUCAUAAAGAUCGGUAAAGAUCAAGGCGCCGAUGGGAGGAUGACGAUUAAUUCUACACUGUACGGUCGACUCAUGGCUCAGUACUGUCUCAGAUUUCGGACGGUUAAACUGCUCAGAAAGAUCAAGGGCACCGAACCGCUGCUGGAGAUGUUCACUCUGCUCAUGUACUGCGACGAGUUCUCCGCCUUCAGGUGUCGCAACAGUGACAAGCGAAUGCUGAACGAGCUGAACCGCUCGAACUGUCACUUACCCACCAUUCGAUUUCCGCUGCGUGGACGAAUCCAGAACACCAGUGCCAUGACGUCCUGUCUGAUCCAAGCCGUGCUGGGAAAUCUACCCAUCGGGAACCACUCGCUGCAGCAGGAAGCCUCACGGAUGGUGGUCGUCGGCCGGCGAUUAGCCAGAUGUGCGGUUGAGUUUCUUUCAGUAGGACAGAUAGCGCCGAACCCUGCAGCUGCUGCUGGAGAACGGGAUGAUGUACCAGUGGGUGGUGUUUAUCGGGCCCUGAUUAGCUCGUUAACUCUGCGCCAGUGUUUGGAAGCAGAGUUGUGGGAGAAUAGCCCGUACGUUGCCAAACAGCUGAAGGGGAUUGGAGCGGUCUACUCGAAUCAGUUGGCCGCUAGAGGAAAGAUUACUUUCCGAGAGAUAAUGGAUACUGAUCCGAGGGAAUUGGAAGUGAUUGUGAAGAAAGCUCCGCCCUUUGGUAACAAUUUAAUUGAUUUUGUUCGAAAACUUCCGGUAUUUUCGAUUCAUCUAGUUUUGAAGCCUGAUUAUAUGAUGGAAGUGACAGUUGUUCAGCACAAUCAAGAUUACGACAGACAGAUAGCCGUUAAAAUAUCGGUCUUAGUUGGCGACACAAACAACAAUGUCUUAUUUUUCAUGGACAACUGUGAUGCUAAUCCUGGCGGCAGCUAUUCCUACCAGACGUGUUUCAAACUGUCGGACGCAACGGUAACCAGUGCUACCGGCCAUGUAAUUUGCAGCAAUUGGGUUGGGUUGGAUAGCACUACAACGGUCGUGAUAAACGAGGAUGGGACCGUAACGUCUACGACGGAGAAGCAUCGAACCCGCCGAGUAGCGGGUGCCAGCAAGAAGAUAACUGAAUACUAUCAUAAGCAAAGCUCAAAUGAAAUCAUAGUUUCAUCGGAAGAUGAAACAGUUUCGAACCUCUCGAACUACACAGAUGAUUUCAACGCAACUUUGAAUACUAUUCCUACUAUAACAAUAGAUAGUAGCCCGAGAAAACGUUCGCUUGAAUCGUUUCGAUUCACGCAAAAACCUAGAUUAAGUUUAGCGAGAAUGGAUAGCGAGACUCACAAUACAGUUGUUGAAAUUGAACCAAAACGUCUUGCUGUGGAUGUACAGAUCUAUGAAAUAUGCAAAAAUAAACAGUCCUCUGCCCAUUCGGGAAAACCAGCCGCCCCACUGGCGCCAUACAUUUCCCCGCCAACGGGUAGUAGUGACGCGGCGAUGCGAAGGGAAUACUUCAAGAAGAUGUUUCAACAAAAUCCGUUUCUUCUGUUUGGACGCCCGGAGGACCAGGAGAUCCUGCGACAACGCCAGCAAAGCCCUGUUCGCAGAGUUUGUCUGUUUGGGGUGUUCACCGAAAUACCUAGGAACAAGCCUUCCACACGCCAUGAGCGUGAGGCGUUCCGAACGAUGUACAGCCCGGAUGGCCAUAAUGGUUCGUUCUAUCGGAAGAAUUACUACCACAAACGGCGGACAGACAGAGAACUGGAUUUGGGGAUUGAUGAAUUUCUUUCCUCCGCCCCUGAGCCGGAGAUGCAGAAGGAAAAUUUCUUCAAGUGAGUGUCUACCCAUACUCUUACACAUAUCCAA